GAUUAUUAUAACAGUCUUGAUUCAAGCAUUUUGCCAAAAAGUCUUUUUAUAUUUUAUUAUUUGACGAUAUUCAAGUACAUCAAUGUUUAUAUUAUUUCCAAAAUAAAUAAACAAUUAAAUAUAAAAAAAUAAAUUGAUAUUUGAAAUUAUUAUAGGAUAGCUUUUUAAUUGGUAUAUUUAUUUAAAAAAAAAAAAAUAAUAAUGCAGCGUGUAUUGAGUUAUCAAACAGCACGCGGUUUUGAAGAAACAAGUGAAUUUAUAACAAAAAGAAUGUGUAUAUCAUUUUUAUUUUCAAUUGGAUUUUUGUGUCUUGUAUGUGGUUUUUGUCUUGGUAGAUUUGCUGCUGAUACAGCAAGUAAUACACGUGUUGAACAAGAACGUCUUGAACAUACUGGUAAUGGCCUUGAAAAUGUUGAAUACAUGAGACAAAUUAUUAUUGAAAAAUUACAAAAUAAUAAUUAUUCAAUUGAUCAAUUAUCAUACAAAAAUGGCAGUUUAAAAAGUAUCAAAGAAAUGUUAUCAAGCUUAGAAUAUUUUGAUAAAUUAACAUUUCAAAUGGGAUGCAUCAUUGGUACUGUUACUGGUAGACGUGAACCAGAUAAAUUUGUUGUUCUUCAUGCAACAGAAUCACCAACAAUGUCAAUUGUAAUUGAAAUAAUUAAAGAACUAAAUAAUUUAAAUAUACAAUACAAAUGGAUCCCAAGAAGAAGUUUAACAUUUAUCAUGUGUGAAAAACAUCAUGAUAAUAAUGAUUCAUCAAUAAAUAAUUGCAUUGAUUAUGUUCCAACUUAUAGUAGAAAAAAUAUUGUUGCUUUCGUAUCAUUAGAGGCUGAAUCAUUGUAUUCUGAUGGAAAAUAUUUGACAUCAGGAUCUGAUAUGGUAACAUCAGUUGUAUUGGAAACCAUGAAAGAACAUAAAAAUAUUGAGCAUGAUAUAUUUAAUAAUAAAAUUUGUCGGUUAAAUAUUGAUGUACCACAUGCAAGAAUAAAAUAUACGAAAUUAGCAAUAGUUUCUGAUGAUCAUGAUGACAUGUUUAUUGUUAAUUGGAAAAAUUUUGCUGGAAUAGCAACAACAAGUAUUUGGAAGCUUUCACAAAUAACAUUGUUUCAUUGGUAUCCUCAAAAUAUUAAAGACACAAUUGAUCAUACAUUAACAGAUUUGCAUGAUGUACCAUCAACACUUAAAAAAAAUAUUGAGGAUAAAAUCAAGAUAAUAACAAAGUUUGGAAAUAAUUUAAAAGACAAGACAAAUUCAAUCACACCAUUCAAACCACUGGAUGUUAGAAUGAUGAAUGAUUUAAUUUUAAAUCUUGAUAUUAAUUUACUGUGUUUAGAUGAAAAUUUAAAAUCAAAAACAGAUGUUACAAUAAUUUAUGAAUCAUUUACAAAUAAAAAUAAUAUUAAUAAAUAUCUUGAAGAAAUGUUAAAUUGUUACAACAAAAUUAUAAAUAAUUUUACAAUAAAUAUAAUAACAUGAUAAUAUUUAUAACAGUGUAUUUAUUUUUAUAUUAAUUAUAUAAAAAUUUUUAGAUAACAAAAUUUAAUUUUUCAAUAGU